AUGGAUCUUGAACGGUCGGCGCUGCAUGAAUUCAUCAUUCAGCCUGUCUCGCGCGACAUGAUCGCUCAUCUGGCCCAGCAAGCAUCGCAGGUCAUCCGCUGCGAACCGCAUGUGACGGCCCAUCACGCGCAUGGCCAGCCCACGCCUCCCAGCACUCCCCCCCUGGAUGAUGACCUGCCUCCAUUACCAUCCGUAGAGGUCUUCAUCGCAUCGCUGGUCGCCCGCUCGCAGGUGCAGGUGCCGACGCUGAUGACCUCGCUGGUGUACCUGGCGCGCCUGCGUGCUCGUCUGCCUCCGGUGGCCAAGGGCAUGCGCUGCACGGUGCACCGCAUCUUCCUGGCCUCGCUCAUCCUGGCAGCCAAGAACCUCAAUGACUCCAGUCCCAAGAACAAGCACUGGGCCCGCUACACCACUGUCCGCGGCUACGAGGGCUUCGGAUUCUCGCUGCCCGAAGUCAACCUGAUGGAGCGUCAGCUGCUCUUCCUGCUCGACUGGGAAAUCCGGGUCGAAGAGGCUGACCUUCUGAACCACCUGGAGCCCUUCCUGGCUCCCAUUCGUCGGCGUCAACAGCUGCAGGAGCAGCGACAGCGAGAGGCCCAGCGAGAAGCCCAGCUGCGCCAGCCUCGCGACUGGCGUCGCUUCCAUGCCUCAGCCGACAUUCUGGCUGCCCGACUCCGCCGUCAGAAACUCGAGGCCCGCCGGGUGGCCGCCGAGUCACCGUCGCGCCGUCGUCUGCCCCCCAGCCCAGCAUCGUCUGCUUCGCUCUCUUCCAUGUCCUCUGUCAGCUCGCACUGCGCCUCCCCAGCCUCCCUAGCGGAGUCGGAGCGGUACCGCCCGUACCCGCCACGCCGGCGUCCAUCGGCGCGCAGCCAGGCCUCGGUGUCCUCGGUGUCUUCCCCACCGUCCGUGCGGGAUGUUCCUGGCCUUUCUCGCGCCGAAACCCUCCCAUCGCUGAGCUCCUGCGCGUCCAGUUUGGCUCCAAGCUCCCGGGGUGCCACCCCCGCCAGCCUGCGCACCUCCAGCUCAAUCACCAGCAUGGACGAGGUGCACGUCGUGGAUGCUGCCCGCAGCCCAUCGCUGAGCAGCAGCUAUGUUCCGCUCCUCGACUCUAAGGCUGAGGACCUUUCACAACCGAGCAAGAAGCUGCGACACGCCCCGAGCCAUGGCCAUGGGCAGAGCCACCCUGGCUUCGUGGCACGGUUUCUGGCCUCCGCGACGGGGUCGUACAUGGGGGGACGGCGUCAUUGA